UACUUUUUUAAUAAAUAAUUUGUUUUAAGUUUCAAAUCCCAAAUAUAUAUUUACUGUGAUGAUGUUGUGCAGCAUGUAAGACAAUGGAAGCUCAACUCAAAGAACAAUCAGAUAAAGUUUCAUUUAAUCCCAAUCUCCAGAAAGUUGGUUUUAAUGAAGUUGAAUGUUCAGACGACAGUGAUAUUUUUUUACAUGCUGGGAUCAAAGUUAAAGCAAAUCAAGAAAUUAGUAUAGACACUGAGUUUGAUUCUGAAGCUUUAUUACUGGCUAAUAGUCAGAAGUUAGAAAAACAAUGUUUAUCAAAUAAUAUUUAUGAUACUGUAACACCGAAUAAUGUUGAUGAUACUUUAACAGCAAAAAAGAUUUGUGAUACUGUAACAGCAGAUGUUAAUUAUAAUGAAAUGGAAAAUCAAGUUGAAAAUACUGUAACAAAUAAGGUUAAUGAUAUUGUAACAGAAAAUGAGUCAGAAACUGUAAAAACAAAAAAAUCUGAUGCACGUUUAUUAUAUAAAGGUAAUGACAUUAUAUCUACCAAGAAAGAUUUUAAUAUAAAAAUUGAAAAACUUGAUUAUUCUAAUUUUUUAACUGCUACUUCUAAUAAUAAACACUUAAGUAAUGAGUCGCUAGGUUCAUUUAAAGAUAAUGUUUCUACAGAGAGUAUUCAAUUUAAUAUUUCUUGUGAAAGAAAAAAUGAUCAAGACAUAGAAAACAAGAACUCACAAAAAGCCCAAACUCAAAAAACUUCAGAAAAGUUUGAGGAAGUAAAUGUAUUUUCAAAUCCAGAUAUUUUUGCUCAAUUAAAUAACUCUAAUGAAGAUAAUGACAAUGAUUCUGAAGAAUUUCUCAAAAGGAAUGAAUCUGAUAGAGUUUCUAAUGAACUGGAAGAUAAUGGUGAUGAUGAUUUAGCACCACUUACUUUCGAUUCAACUGAAACAAAUAUUUAUCUUAUUGAUAAAGAAAAAUCAAGGUCUAGUAAAGAAGUAAGAAGAAUGAUUUGUGAAUGUGUAUUUGAGCCAGAUGAUCCAUUUUUUGUGGGGUGUGAUGAAAACUGUUUGAAUCGUCUAUUGAUGAUUGAGUGCAACAAUAGAUGUCCUACAAGAGAAUUUUGCACUAACAGAAACUUUCAAAAAGGUUGUCAGUAUGAUCUAGUUAUUUUCAAAGCUGGCAAAAAAGGAUGGGGAUUGAAAACUCAACAAUCUAUCACAAAAGGUUCAUUUGUUAGUGAGUAUUGUGGUGAAGUUGUUGAUUAUACAGAGUUUCAUAGAAGAACAAAGUUAUACAAUGCUGAAGGAAUGAAUCAUUACUACUUUAUGACGCUGAAGACUAAUGAGAUUAUUGAUGCAACAAAGAAAGGAAGCAAAUCGCGUUUUAUUAAUCAUAGUUGCGAUCCAAAUUGUAUAACUCAAAAGUGGACCGUAAAUGGUUUUUUACGAGUUGGAUUUUUUGCUUUGCGUUAUAUUGAAGCCGGAGAAGAGUUGAGUUUUGACUAUCAAUUUCAAAGAUAUGGAGAAAAACCCCAAAAAUGUUACUGUGGAGCAGCCAUUUGUCGAGGUGUUAUUGGAGUAGAACAAAGUGGACCAAUACCUAGUUAUAUAGAAAAAAUAAUGUCAUCUUCACCAACAUCAUUCAGUAAGACAAAGAAAAGAAGAAACCAAAUUAAAGAGUUUUAUGAUUCUGCGCUCGCUGGUGAAUUAAAUGAGCUUCUUGGUUCUACAUGGUUGUUGAAGGAUAAUAAUCAAGUUUUAGAACUGAUAAGAUUAAUGGUAAAAGUUGAAACACUCCAUGAGCGGCGAGAAUUGCUUAAAAUUCUUCAAUCUACCACCAACUCAAAUGCUCUCAAAUCUUUUGUUCGGUAUAAAGGUUUGAGUUUGUUGUGGACAUGGAUGGUUGAUGCUCCAUCACACAAAACAAAGUAUAAAGUUGAGAUUUUAAAGACUCUGAAGCACAUUCCCAUACCAAAUAAAAAUGAACUAGAUGACAGCAAAGUUGUUCAUAUUGUUUCGAAAUGGUUAAAAAAACCAAUAUCUCAAGAAAGAAGUUCAAGUGAAGAACAACAGUCUGGAAGUGAAAAUGAACUUAAAAUUGAUGAAUUUUCAGAGUCCCCAUUAAAUGAUGCAAGUGAAGAUACAAGUAGCUCUUCAAACAAUGAAAGGAUAUAUAAAUCUGCUGAUGCAGAAUCAACUGAAGAAGGAGAAAUAUUUGAUCCUGAUGAUGAAAAAAUCAGAAAAAUAAAAAAGAAACUCAAAAGCAAAUCAGACAAUUCUAGUAAAGAAAAUGAAAUACGCAAUAUUGCCAUAUCCUUACUUGAAGAAUGGAAAGCCUUGAAGGAAGUGUUUAGAAUUCCAAAAAAAUCUGUUCCUAUAACUCUGGAUUGUAGAUCGAGUGAAAAUGCUGAGGAGUUGCGUUGUAAUAAAGUGGAUAGCUCAAGUGUAUCUACAGUUUCUCAGGUAACUAGUAAUAAACAAAUUCAUCCAGACAGUACCUGUAGUUCUCCAAAAUUUGCUAAAAAUCCAUCUGUUGAUUAUUCUAAAGAAACAUAUGAAGAAGUAUUACGUUUUGAUCUUCCCGAUGAUCGUAGGCCAGGUCGUAGAGGAUGGAGAAAGUCUCCAGAUUUUAAUGACAGACAAAAUAAUAAAAAUAAUCGAAUAAGUGAUAAUAAUCGAGACUGUGAUUCAACAAAUGAGUUAAUUGAUACAAGUUGGUCUUCUCGAAGUUUUGAAGAUUUUAAAGAUAGACGAGAUCCGAGAUCUAGACAUGAGCGAGAGCGUCGAUUUAGUUAUGAAGACAAUAAAAAACAACAUUGGCAAAAUAGGAAUAGACAAGUUAAAACAUAUCAAAACUGGAAUAAUAGAAAUGAUGAUCAUAGUAGACAAUGGUCAAAUGAUCACGAUUUUCAAUAUCCUAAUGAAAAUAAUUGGAGAGGACAUGAUCAAACCUGGCCAAACCAACAGCAGACCAUGCUUUCAAGUAAUCCAUUUAAUUCUCAAAUAAUUAACAGACCUCCUUUGUAUCCAUCGCUUACUGGUUUGCAGCCACCAAUAAUGCAAAAUCUUCAUCAGAAUAUACAUACUCAUAUGCUUGUGCCACCCCAUCCACCUAAUAUAUUUCCUCAUCAAAUACAAGGAAUCGGUACAGGAAUGAAUGUUAUGAUAACAAAUCAACAAAAUCAGCCUAUGUUGUCUUCACAGCAUAAUUCCCCACUUAUUUCGCCUAUUUCAAACCAACAACCUUAUAAUCCUUUACCAGUUGUUCCAAGUAAUGCAACAUAUUCUUAUCCUAAUCCAGUUAAAUUUGAUUCUCCUGCUCAAGAUGUUACAGCAUUAAAUGUUGUUAAUCAACUUCAAUUGCUAUUAAGUGCUGAGAGACUCAAAAAUGCUCAAAGUAGCUCUACUCAAGGUACACCAGAUUUCACUCGUAACUCAACUUCUAAUUCACCUUAUCAUCCAUCUAGUCCUAAUCAACCAAAGCUUCCGCCUCAUUGGAAAACAGCUACAGAUGCUGAAGGAAGAGUUUAUUAUUAUCACACUAUAACAAGAGAAACGUCAUGGGAUCCACCAAUAGUUAAAACUGAAGAUAAUAGGAAAGAAUCGCCAUCUAUCAAAAAGCAUAAAAAAAAGCAUUCAGUAGAUGAAAGUCCUCAUUCAAAACGUUCGCCACGCAUAGCAGCUGCUGAUACUACUCAUCAUCAAGGACCACGCACACCUCCAGAUCCACGUUUAUCAAAAUCUUCAACAUCUAAGAUUAAAGAAAAUUUUAAAAAUAAACUUACUGCCGUAGUUGUGGCCUGCUUAAAUAGCUAUCAAAGAGCUGAUUGCAAACAAGGAAAAAUAAAGAAUGCAGAUGACUUUAAGUUUCUUGCAAGAAAGCUUACUCACGGUCUCAUAAUGAAAGAAAUUCAAAGAAUUAAAAACGAGGAACUGCUUGUCUGCAAUGAUUCUGUAAAAAUUAAAGUCAAAGACUAUAUAAGAAAUUAUAUGAAGAAGUUCGGUCCGUUCUACAUUAAAUCGUGAUCGAUUUUUAUUAUUUUAUUUUUUAUUUUAUUUUGAUAGAAUAAAUCAAAAAGUAAAUGGCAGUACGAUGUUUUGAAAUUAAGAUAGCUUAAACCUAUUAUAUAAACUGUUCUGUGUGAUGAAACAGUUUUCAAGCACGCUUUUGUUUUGUUAAAAUUUUACUAAUCGAUAAAACCGAAGUUCAAGAAAAAUGAUCAGCUCUUAUGAAGUAAACUUAAACUAUGAUUUAGCAUAAAUUCUUACUAGAAAGGAUUCAGUUAGUCAUUUUUUACCUUUGUUUCAAUCGUUAAAGCUAGACUACACCUAACUUUGCUAUCAUUGAAUUAACAAUUUGUGUAGAACUAAGUUUUACACGGCUCACCUUAUAUAAUAGGCUUAAUUUACAUAAAUUAUAUUUUGUUCUAAUAUGAAAUUUUACGAAUCAAAAUUGCUCGAUUAUUUUCGAUUACAUUUUCUUUUUUAUUGUAUUGAUGUUUGGUUGUAAAUGUGAUAGUAAACAAUUUUAAUUAAAAUCAAAUUUCUUUUAUUUAUGAGUAUCUUUUUUAUCUUUCUCUUCGGAUUGUCAUCAAUUUCAUAUAUUUUUUGUUUAUAGCAGUAACUGUACCCUGUGUAUCCUUGUUAGUAUUAAAACCUUUAUGAUAGGUAA